AAUACAAAUUUGAUCAAUGAGGUAAUUUACAGUACAAUACUCAAUAAGGAAUGCAUUAGGGAUGUUACUCAACAAGAUGGGCUCCACAUGUACUCCUUACAGACAUAAUUCAGGACUUAAUCACGCGGUGGUCUCGCGUUGAUUUGUGGUGAAAACAUGGUGCGUUGAGGUACAGUUUAACCCACCGGCAAAACCUGGAGGAUGUCUGACCACGACUUGCAGGAGAGCGUGGCUGGUAAGACGCUGUCAAGGUCAGCGAUCGCCCAACUAAUGGGAAGCAAUUUCCACAAACUGCCCGACACCGAGCAGAAAAUCUUCAAGUACGGACCUGUGUACGUGGGCGGGAAUGCCGCUUUGGCGGGACUGCUCGCCAACAGCUUUUACCGCCGAGUCCUGAACGUCACACAGGCGACCAUCGCCUCGAGCCUGCCGAUGGCGGUGCUGCCCUUUAUGUCGACCUACGUCUUCUACAACGCCAUAGUGAGCAGCCCGCUCUUGUCGGGGGAUCUCCAGUGCCCGGGCUGCGUGCUGCUGAGAGGCGCCCUGGCGGCGGUGGUCGGCGGCGGCGUGUACCCCAUCAUCCUGGCCCUGCCCGUCAACGUCGGCCUGGCCACCAGGUACAACACGGCGCCCAUGCCGGAGAAGGGGAACACCCUCCGCUUCUGGAUUGACAUCUCCAGACCCGUGCUGAAGAAGAUGUGGCCGGCUCUGAUCCUCCAGGCCCUCUUUGCUACCUUCCUCAGCUCAAGGACAUUUGAAAGUUACCUCAAACUCUCUAAAGUCGCCUUGGACUCACAAAGAGAGGAACUGCAAAACUGAAAUGUGAGACUUAAUACUUCUAUCGUUUUCCAUACUAGUGUGUUCUAGUCCACAGCUUCCAGACACUCAAAAGGAUCAACACAAAAUAUUUGUAAUUAAAAAUAUAUUCACAGAAAUGACAAAUAAAAUACAUACAAGAUCA